UUUGAGCGACGAGGUCCUAAAAUGGCCACCGCACCGUAUUCGGCUCCCCUAUAAACGAGCAGCGCGUGUGAUUUGUGUGUGUGCCUCAGGCUGUCGCGUGUCCCCUGUAGUGAGAGAGCACGGGGCCGAGCUCAGCCUUCACUUCCGGGGGAGGAGACUAGAGCAGCUGCAGUAGCAGUGGAUGUACAAGCAGCGGGACUGGAGUUGAGGGUGGGGGUGAUUGUCAGCAGCCCUGUUGGAUUGUACUUUCCCCACAAGAGGAAUGCUAUUACAAGGACGCAGAGAUUGUUCGCUUUGUGAGUAAUAGGGCAUUGCUGAAUCUACUUAAGUUGGCAACUGCAUAUCCAGGAAAGAACUGACAUGUUUGGGUAAAGGAGGAUAAAGUUUUGGACUGUAUUACAAACAGAUUGCUUGCAAUUCUACUGUGAUCGUUCUUUUAUGCUAAGGCUCACACUUAAGGAAUGGCAAAAUCACGAUCAAGAUCUCCCAGUUGGAAACACAGGCAACCAACAUAUAGAAGUCCUGAAAACCAGAGGCAAAUGCACUUUCAGGAUCAGUUCAGUCAAGACAACGGUUUUAGAAGAAAUUCUAGGAGACCUGUACACUGGGAAGAAGGAAGAAACCGACAUAACAACACAAGGGCACCAAAUUUUAAUAGGUUUAAUGAUAAACCUUAUGAGCAGAAUUCCUUCUCUACAAAUGCAAGAAAAUCACCUGUGGACAAAUUUGAGCGAGAAAAAAGGAUAUACUCCCCAGAGAGGCACAGAGAUAACAAAUCUCCUAUCAAAAAAUUUGAUAGAGAAAAAAAGAUUUACUCUCCGGAUAGGCACAGGCAUAAUAAUAAAUCUCCUGUGGACAAAUUUGAGCGAGAAAAAAGGAUAUACUCCCCAGAGAGGCACAGGGAUAACAAUACAAGAUUUGCACCUACGAGGUAUCCAGGAGAAGCACCUUACAGAGACAAUGAUAACGGUUAUUAUCACAGAAAUCAAGAGCAUAAUAUGCAUGAUUCAAAUGAUUUUAGAGUAGGCAGAAGAGAGGAUGACUUUCAUGGACCGUAUCAUAGUGAAAACGAUUGGGAAUGGUCCAAUGAUCAAGGUCACUGGAACCAACAAAGUCAAAAUAAUGAGCCUAUGCCACCACCAAGGAGACACUCUCAGGAAUUUGGUGAAAGGAAUUCUUUUAAUAAAAGGUUUCCCGAGGAUCAAGAUUUCCUAGAGCAGGAACAACCUUUUAAAAGGCUUAGAGAGAAUGAGAGGUCUGACUUCAGAGAGCAACACAGAAAUUCCCACUGGAAAGCCGAUCAUACAUUUCAUCCUUAUGACAAGGACUGGCCAAAGGACAUGAACCUUGGUGAUCCCCGUCCUUUCGUUCACAGGACAAACACUGGAGAGUUCAAAAAAAUUGAAUAUGACUAUAGUCAUAGAUCCCCUAACUAUGCUGGCAAAGAACAAAACUCCCUUGAUGUCCGUGAUCACAAAUACAACCGGCACGAUGAGAGAAGCCAUAAUCGUACCAGAAAUUCUCAUCAUGAUAAACCACUGGACGAUCAUUUCAAAGACAGCGGCACCAAAAUGACUGAAAGAAUUCCAGAAUCAUCUAAUAAAUACAGUUCAAAAAGCUGUCAAAAUUUUAGCAAUGAUUCAUACAAACAUGUAAAAGGGAGACCUCCAAGUCCCAGACAAAAUGAUAGAAAAGAAGAUGAUUUAAGAAAGGAAUCGCCCUCUCCUCAUACCUGGAAAGACAAAACUCCUACAACCACAGACCCAAAGGCAUCACCGAAGACCAUACCUGCAGAGGAAACAAUCAUGGUCAGUUUGGCUUUGAAGAACCCAGCGGAUAAGUAUAGAGAUGGCGUAAGCCCCACUGACAGACAGAUGUCUCAGGAUUUAGUAGCCACUGGUAGAAAAGAGCCCUUUCACACAGUGUUUAAGCACCUCGGGAGCUCCAAUGACAUUACACCCAGUGGACCGAAAACUGAAUUUACUAAGGAAAUUAUAACAAUCAUUCAUGAAGUAAAAGCAAACCAUUUUAAGUCCACUGACUUAACACUUCAUGAGCGCUUCUCCAAUUUGAAGGGCACUGACAGUAUUCAAGAUUCAUCCUUAAAUAUUACUGUACCACAGACCAAUCCAGCGAUACAUAGGAGAAUUGAUAUCUCACUCGAAGACCUUCAGAGCAAAUCUCUUAACAAAAGAAUAGAAGCUCCUCCGGUAAGCCACAGAGUGAUUGAAGACCCAAAUGAUUUACGACAUGAUAUAGAGCGGAGGAGGAAAAAGAGACUGCAGAGUGAAGAAGAUGGUGGAACGGAUGUCAACUUUAGAGAGAGAACACAAAAGCAUCAAGCUGGAGAUUUUCAGAAUUCUUCAAAGUUGAGCAGACCUUCUUUCCAAAAACAAACAGGCCGACAGCCGGCUUCCUACUUCAGAGGAAACCCCAAUCACUACAAUUCACAAAACUUUGAAAAUACAGAUGGAAUCAGAAGGCCCUAUAAGGGGCACUGAAACUGCCGUGAGAAAAGUGAUCCAUACCCUGUCUGUUCUAGAUUGGUGGCUGUGCCAGGCCAGCUUGUGUAGCAUAAUGAUGGAAGUACCCCUGAUAAAAACAAAGAAUUUUAUUUUUUAGUAGUAGAAUGCUGCACAACAUUUUUUACCGUUUUCACAGAUGUUUUUUCUAUGACCGUAUUCAGCGGGACGAUUGGCCGUGGAGAGAGAGCCGUCGCAAAGGGGGUCUUAUUUAUUACAUGCAGUUUUCUUAAAGCAUGCUUUUCCAGAUGCUUUUGUUGCAUUUGUUAUCUCUCAAACUUUAUAUGUUAAAUAGGUUUGUGCAUUAAUGUAAUAAAAGUGCCUGAAUUGUUAA